AUGAAUAAUUGCAGAUUCCGACUAGAAGAGGUACUGGCAAUGAUCCGCAAAGUUCAGCAGCGGCGCAGAGACGGAGAAAGCAGUACCAUCACAGGCGGGGGGACGGGGGGUCUUCGUGAGAUUCGGCAUUUCCAGAAGACCUGGAAACUUCUCAUUCCUGCUGCUCCUUUCAUUCGAACUGUAAGAGAGAUUAGCAACUAUUUUGCCCCGGGAAAGACUAGUUGGACAGCUGAAGCUUUAGUAGCUCUCCAGGAGGCAGCAGAGGACUAUUUGGUUCAUUUUUUUGAAGAUGCAAUGCUAUGUGCAAUUCAUGCAAAGCGUGUUACACUUAGGUUACCGAUUGAUGAACUUGGUUCAGGUCUUGCCUCCAUGUUGUUGUUUUUGCUGCCCCGCUGA